CUCACGAUCAGUUCGACAGCAUCGCAGAACCAGAUCUCUCAAUGGAGCUUCAAAACUCCCCUCCCAGGCCAUCCAAUGCAUCCCCACCCAAUCCCUCGGUGCCGCGUGAACCAAAGCUCCAACUCCCCUUGACCACCGACCCGCCCGGGCCGCAGAACCCCCCGAAACCGUUGGUAUGGCUGAUAUUCGGCGCCGUCGGCCACAUGGGUCGCUCGCUAGUCAAGACCGCCUUGGCGCAAGAUGACCUCGUCGCGGCAGUAGGACGAACAUUCGAAACCAGCCCCGAAAGCAUGAAGAAGCUAGAGGAAGAGUACGAGAACUGCCUAGGCCUGCUAUGCGACGUGCGCGCGCGCGAAACCGUCCAACGCGUCAUCGACCGCACUAUCGAACGAUUCGGCCGCAUCGACAUCGUCGCCAAUUGCUCCGGCUACGGCGUGAUCGGCGCCUGCGAAGACCAAGACGAGUACAACAUCCGCGACCAGUUCGAGACGAACUUCACCGGCACGCUGAACAUGAUUCAGCUAUCGCUGCCGCACUUUCGCGAGCGGCGAUCCGGCCGUUACGUUAUCUUUAGCUCGACGUCCGGCGCGCUCGGCGUGCCCGGGUUGGGGCCCUACUGCGCGUCGAAGUACGCCGUCGAGGGCUUGAUGGAGAGCAUGCUCUACGAGGUGGACAGCUUCAAUAUCAAGACUACGCUCGUCGAACCGGGCCAUAUGCGCCGCGACGACGUGGGCGAUCUCGUCUCCGACCCGGCUGCCUUCCCUGCUGCCGCCGCGGCCGCCGCGCAGGACCACGCGCAGGCUAACCUGGCGACGCCGCUGCCCCUCUACGGCCACUUCCUAGUCAAGCCGCCCAGCGAGCCCUACAAUACACAUACGUCGCCUGCAGCACACGCCAAGCGCAUGCUCAUGUGGCUGGGGGAUAAACAGCCCGCCAGCGCUGUCAAAGCGGCCAAUUUGAUCUGGCAGCUGGGGCACUGCUCUUACCCGCCGCUGCGUCUUAUUCUUGGGACGUACGCGGUGGAAAGUAUCCGGGACCGGCUCAAGUGUAUUAUCGAGGAGAUCGAAGACUGGAAGUAUCUGAGCUUUCCGACAGAAGGCCAACCGGGCCCGUCCCCGCCAGACCAGCCGGCUGCAUCUGGAGACUAGGACAGACGUGGCAGUUCAGCCUUUUCAUCUGUCAUGCGCUGAGCAUGUUCACCUUGGACUGCAGAUGUAACCGACAGUUUUACCUCGAGGGUAUAUCAUAUGAUAUGGUCGCCUGUCCAAGUAUAUCUCGCAAGCGAGACCAGACCGUCCCCUUGAGUCUAGACCAUCCAUCACUCCCAGCGUGAUGUCUUCCAUCCGUCCGGACACUGGACACCACCAAGCUCGUGAAGACAGCCAGCUGGUUAUGAUGCGGGGAGAGGAAGAAGAGGAUGAGGAGUCAUCCUAUCACAACAGUUCCGGCCAACACCGCAGCAGAGUCAACAUCAACUUUCUAAACGAGAUGACCAUCCCGCGUGGGGAGCAUACUAUAGUAUAGUUUAGGUACUACGGAGUAGUGGGAUGCACGCUAUACGAGUCGGAAAGAUCCGUCGAUCGGGGAUUCUCGGGGGUCAUGCGGGUACACGGGUAUAAUACUGAUUAUG